CCCUCUAGUGGACAGGCUAAAAAACUACACAUUCUCCCAUAAUGCACUUUGUGGUUAUAUUCCCAUCAUUCCCCGCUGCCUGCGAGCCCUUCGCACCAGUCAAGAUGGCGGACAGACCAGUUCCCGUAGUUGAGAAGCGACUGAUGGACGUGAAACUGGGUGAGCUGGGGAGCUGGCUCGGAGGGCGAGACUUCACUCCCAAUGGCAUCAUCUCAGCCGUCCGCAGGGGCCACGACAGAUACUACAACAAGUACAUUAAUGUGAAGAAGGGAGGCAUCGGUGGUGUAGCUAUGCUGCUGGUUGGCUACGUGGCUUUGAGCUACCUGUGGGAAUACGACCACAUUAAACAUGAUCGCUGGAGGAAGUACCACUAAGCGAGACCAUCAGACCUUCGGGGGUUGAACCUCUUUGUUCCCCCUGCUCUUUCUACUCAGCUGUGUGUUGAAUAUGUGACUGUUGUGACCAAUAAACAAUCUUAAGAUUCAUUGUUGGA